CUUGGAGGACGCGGUCCCGGACGGCAACAAACGGCAACACUUCGGUUGAUCCAGCCACUGUCCCAGACCAGGACGGUUCCGGUUCCGGCAACCGAACACGACGAACGGGAGUGUGAGCAGUACUGGGUUUGCGUCUUCUGUCUCUCUCUCUCGCACUGGACCCGCCUGAGCCACAUCGGUUCGGGAUUUGUCCAGAGACAUGCAAACCCGAAACACUGGAGCUAACCUGGCAUUCCAACUCGUGCUCCUAACUCUCAUGUUCAAUGAGGGCGACCACAGCAAAGCUAUAAACUCUUUGAUUGGCCCUUACAUUGUUCAUGCCGAACGCUUUUACAUGUGCGAACCAAACAGCAGCCUUCUUCCCUGGACACUAAAUCUCCGCGGUUCUCAUUUCAACCCAUAUAAACCAAAAGAGUUACAACUUUUGACAGGCAAUGUUACGGGUGUAAAUGGUACUCUUAACGACCACGGCUGGAUGAAAAUAGUUAUGGACAUUCGAGCAAACAAUCAAUGGAAGGAAAACGCCUUUGUCUUCAAUUUUCAAAAGAGUGCAUGCCGAGCCGCCAGAGAACAUAGUCCCAAUUUUUGGAAGCACAUUUUAAAGGGAGAAGAUAGAGGCCCCUGCAUUCUGCCACCAGGAGUUUACGAGGCUCAUAACACCCCAGUGGACUGGAGUUUUCCAAAAUUUCCAAGCAUGCCUUAUGGAUACUGGAGAUUCAGACUUAAGUUUGGCAAAGCUCAGGACCUUUACGGAUGCUGGGUCAUAGAUGCUAAGACUAUUCCGAAAACAAAAUAAGACUUGCAACGUUCGUGGUGAUUACAUUUUUGACAUAUAUAUGGUCCAAAUAAAUGGUUGAAACUGGAUUAGUAAUUUCGUUUUCUUUAUUGCAAUCACACGGGGAGACCCAUGGAAUACGGGGU